CGGGAAGUGAAGUUGGUUACAACACUGUGUGACGCAGUUGUUUUUUGACCAUGGAAAAGGUGUAAGCUUGACUAUGGAUCUGCCUGGGGGGGUAGAUGAGGGGAUCCUCCCCUCAAAAACCUCUUCAUAUGGGGAAUGUGACUGGACCAACGCUCAGAGCCCAGAGCAGCAGCAGGAGAGACCACCCUCCCCUGUCCCCAGCUCUGUGUCCAUGAAGAGCAACUGUUCAAUGGAGCCACCUCUUGCUUUUCAAAGACAUUCUUCUGAAACUGAGAUCCAGGAGAAGAGACCAGACUCUCCGGUACCCAGCUGUGUGUCCAUGAAGAGCAAAGAUUCAAUGGAGCCACCACUUGCUUUUCAAAGACACUCUUCUGAAAAAGAACCACAACAGAAGAGAUCAGAAGUUCACAGUGGUCAGUCUGCCCUACAACAUCAAAAAGAUGUGGACUCCAUAUUUAUGCUGCUUGAGCAGAACAUUGUUAGUUUUGUGAAGAACGAGCUGAAGAGGAUGCAGAGGGUUUUAAAUUCAGCAUGUUUAGAUGGCGAGGUGAUGACGAGUGAUGAGGAGGAGGCUAUGAGGAGCAGCAGGGAGGCGUUCCUGAAAAUCACACUGUUCUUCCUGAGGAGAAUGAAGGAGGAGAGACUGGCUGACUCUCUGCAGAGCAAAUCUCCUGCCACGUGCCAGCGUAGACUCAAAUCCAGUUUAAAGGAGAAGUUCCAGUGUGUGUUUGAGGGGACUGGUAAAACAGGAAAUCCAACCCUUCUGAAUCAGAUCUACACAGAGCUUCACAUCACAGAGGGAGGGACCGGAGAGGUCAAUGAUGAACAUGAGGUCAGACAGAUUGAAACAGCAUCCAGGAAACCAGCCAGACCAGAAACAACCAUCAGAUGUAAAGAAAUCUUCCAAACAUUGCCAGGAAAAGCUCAACCAUGCAGGACAGUGAUGACAAAGGGAGUGGCUGGCAUUGGGAAAACAGUCUUAACACAGAAGUUCACUCUGGACUGGGCUGAAGACAAAGCCAACCAGGACAUACAGUUCACAUUUCCAUUCACCUUCAGAGAGCUGAAUGUGCUGAAAGAGAAAAAGUUCAGCUUGGUGGAACUUCUUCAUCACUUCUUUACUGAAACCAAAGAAGCAGGUCUGAACAUCUGCAGGUUUGAACAGCUGCAGGUCGUCUUCAUCUUUGACGGUCUGGACGAGUGUCGACUUCCUCUUGACUUCCACAACACUGAGAUCCUGACUAAUGUUACAGAGUCCACCUCAGUGGACGUGCUGCUGACAAACCUCAUCAGGGGGAAACUGCUUCCCUCUGCUCGCCUCUGGAUAACCACACGACCUGCAGCAGCCAGUCAGAUCCCUCCUGAGUGUGUUGACAUGGUGACAGAGGUCAGAGGGUUCACUGACCCACAGAAGGAGGAGUACUUCAGGAAGAGGUUCAGAGAUGAGAAGCAGGCCAGCAGGAUCAUCUCCCACAUCAAGACAUCACGAAGCCUCCACAUCAUGUGCCACAUCCCAGUCUUCUGCUGGAUCACUGCUACAGUUCUGGAGGAUGUGUUGAAGACCAGAGAGGGAGGAGAGCUGCCCAAGACCCUGACUGAGCUGUACAUCCACUUCCUGGUGGUGCAAGCCAAAUUGUGGAGCAAUAAGUAUCGUGUAGGAGCAGGUGCAGAUCCACACUGGAACCCAGGGAGCAGGGAGAUGGUUUUGUCUCUGGGAAAACUGGCUUUUGAGCAGCUGCAGAAAGGAAACCUGAUCUUCUAUGAAUCAGACCUGACUGAGUGUGGCAUCGACAUCACAGUAGCCUCAGUGUACUCAGGAGUGUUCACACAGAUCUUCAAAGAGGAGAGAGGGCUGUACGAGGAGAGGGUGUACUGUUUUGUUCAUCUAAGCAUUCAAGAGUUUCUGGCUGCUCUUUAUGUCUUUCUGACUUUCACUAACUCCGGCAUCAAUCAGCUGUCUCAAACAAAAACCUGGUGGUCUAAUCUCUUAAGGGACAAAUCUAAACUGUCAUAUCUCUUCCAAAGUGCUGUGGACAAGGCUUUACAGAGUCCAAAUGGACACCUGGAUCUGUUCCUCCGCUUCCUCGUGGGCCUGUCACUGCAGACAAAUCAGACUCUUCUAGGAGGGCUGAUGACACAGACAGGAUGUAGCUCACGCACCAAUCAGGGAACAGUGGAGUACAUCAAGAGCAUGAUCAGGAAAAAUCUCUCCGCAGAGAGAAGCAUCAAUCUGUUCCACUGUCUGAACGAGCUGAAUGAUCGUUCUCUAGUGGAGCAGAUCCAGCAGUACCUAAGCUCAGGAAGUCUCGUCACAGCCAGCCUCUCUCCUGCUCAGUGGUCAGCUCUGGUCUUCAUCUUGCUGUCAUCAGAGAAAGAACUAGAUGUGUUUGACCUGAGGAAAUACUCUGCUUCAGAGGAGGGUCUUCUGAGGCUGCUGCCAGUGGUCAAAGCUUCAAAUAAGUCUCUGCUGGGUGGCUGUAACCUGUCGGAGAAAAGCGGGGAAGGUCUGGCAUCCGUUCUCAGCUCCCAGUCUUCUAGUCUUAGAGAGUUGGACCUGACUAACAACAAUCUGAAGGACUCGGGAAUGACGUUGCUCUCUGUGGGACUGAAGGAUCCACAGUGUCGGCUAGAAAAGCUGAGGCUGAACCAAAGCAACCUCACUGAGAGAUGCUGUCAGGGGUUAUCUUCAGUUCUCAGCACCAAGUCCUCUUGUCUGAGAGACCUGGACUUGAGUUAUAACGACCUGCAGGACUCUGGAGUGGAGCUGCUCUCAGUUGGAUUGGAAAGUCCACACUGUGCACUGGAAAAACUCAGGCUGAUUGGCUGUAAUCUGUCGGAGAGAAGUCGUGAUACUCUGGCUUCAAGUCUCAGCUCCUCUAGUCUGAGGGAGCUGGACCUGAGUAACAACGACCUGCAGGACUCAGGAGUGAAGCUCUUCUCUGGACAGGAUGGUCAGCCCUGUAGACUGGAAACUCUAAGGUUGAUUCAAACCAGGCUCACAGAAAAAUGCUGUGAAGAGUUCUCAUCAGUUUUCAGCUCCAAGUCAUCCAGUCUGAGAGACUUGGAUCUGAGCAACAACGACCUGCAGGACUCAGGAGUCAAACUGCUUUUUGCUGGACUGGCAAGUCCACACUGUGGACUCCAAACCCUCAGGUUAAAUCAAACCAACCUCACAGAGAAAUGCUGCCAGGAGAUCUCAUCAGUUCUCAGCUCCCAGUCCUCCAGUCUGAAGGAGCUAGACCUCAGUAACAACGACCUGCAGGAUUCAGGAGUGAUGCUGCUCUCCGCUGGACUGCGAAGUCCACACUGCUCACUGGAGAGUGUCAGGCUGAGUGGCUGUAAAUUGUCAGGGAGGAGCUGUGAAGCUCUGGCCUCAGUUCUCAUCUCCCAGUCCUCAAGUUUGAGAGAGCUGGAUCUGAAUAACAACCAUGUGCAGGACUCAGGAGUCAAACUGCUGUCUGCUGCACUGAGGAAUGCGCAAUGUGCACUGGAAACACUCAGGCUAAAUCAGACGAGGCUCACAGAAAAAUGCUGUCAGGAUGUUUCAUCAAUUCUAAGCACCAAGUCGUCCAGUCUGAGAGACCUAGACCUGAGUAACAACGACCUGCAGGACUCAGGAGUGAAGCUGCUUUCAGCUGGACUGAGGAGUCCUCACUGUAGACUGGAAACAUUCAGGUUGUCAGGCUGCUUGAUCACAGAGGAAGGCUGUAGCUCUUUGGUCUCUGCUCUGAGGGCCAACCCCUCCCAUCUGAGAGAGCUGGACCUGAGCUACAAUCAUCCAGGAGACUCAGGAGUGAAGCUGCUUUCUGCUGCACUGGAGGAUCGACAAUGGAGGAUGGACAUUCUCAGUGUGGAUCAUGAUGGUGUUCAGUGGUUGACAUCUGGUCUGGCAAAGUACGUCUGUGAACUCACAUUGGACCCAAACACAGCUCACAAAAACGUCCUCCUGACUGAGAACAACAGGAAAGUGAUGCUGGCGAUAGAGAAGCAGCCGUAUCCCGACCACCCGGACAGAUUCGACUGGUGCUACCAGCUGCUGUGCACAGCUGGUCUGGCUGGUCGCUGUUACUGGGAGGUGGACUGGGAAGGAGGGGUUGAUAUCGGAGUGACUUACAGAGGGCUCAGACGGAGCGGGGCUCGUGACGGCAGCAGGCUCGGUUGGAAUGAGAAGUCAUGGAGUUUGGAGUUGACGGAUAAAUGUUACUAUGCCUGGCACAAUAACAUCAGGACAGCUCUUCACACUAAACACUCAGCUGCCUCUAACAGAGUUGGGGUGUUUCUGGACUGGCCUGCUACUUUGUCCUUCUAUGGAGUCUCAUCUGACUCACCAGUUCACCUCUACACCUUCUACUGUGCUUUCACUGAACCUCUCUAUCCUGGAUUUGGGUUCUUAUCAUUGGAGUCAUCAGUGUCCUUGUGUUAGAAAAACAGAUGGAGAAA